GCUCAGACACCUGAGAACUCGGUGGGAGAACAACCCGAAGCUUUUCGUCCCUCAUUCCUGGACAGAGCUCCGCGCGUAAACCCGGCAGCUCCACUUCGGUUUUGCGCGUUUUCAUGGACACCUCCAGAUGACCAGAGGAGCGGGUUGCUCUCAGCAUCUACUGGGAUCUCUGAUGGGCAACAUGGCGAGGAGGGUGACGGGAGUUCAUCUCCUCGCUGUAUUUUUCACCUCUGGAGUGACACUUUUCAGGGACGCGGAGGGACAGGAGACUUUCAACGACCUAACGGGCUUCAACUUGAAUCCACCAUACUUCAACCUCGCAGAGGGUUCCCGGAUAUCAGCCACGGCGACCUGUGGACAGGAUGAGACUGGCGCACCGAGAUAUGAUUUAUACUGUAAACUUGUUGGAGGACCCACUGUUGGACUUCCUACUCAAAAUAUUCAGGGUCAGUUUUGUGACUACUGCAACUCCAUGGAGCCAAACAAAGCCCACCCAGUGAGCAGUGCCAUUGAUGGGACAGAGCGGUGGUGGCAGAGUCCUCCUCUCUCCAAGGGACUGGUCUACAACGAGGUGAACGUUACCCUGGACCUCGGGCAGCUCUUCCAUGUGGCGUACGUCCUAAUCAAGUUUGCCAAUUCACCUCGUCCUGACCUGUGGGUGUUGGAGCGCUCCGUGGACAAUGGCAGAACGUUCACCCCCUGGCAGUACUUUGCACAUUUAAAGCGGGAGUGCAUUGAAAGGUUCGGGAAGCAUCCCAACGUUCGCAUUAUAAAAGACGAUGACCAGAUCUGCACCACAGAAUACUCUCGGAUUAUCCCUUUGGAGAACGGAGAGAUUGUGGUUUCGCUGAUCAACGGCCGGCCAGGAUCCAAAAAUUUCACCUACUCACCCGUGCUGCGAGACUUUACAAAGGCUACGAACAUCCGCCUGCGUUUCCUCCGCACCAACACCCUGCUGGGCCACUUGAUCUCCAAGACCCAGAGAGACCCCACCGUCACACGCAGGUACUUCUACAGUAUCAAAGACAUCAGCAUCGGGGGACGCUGUGUUUGUCAUGGCCAUGCCCACGUUUGUGGUUCAGGGCAGAGCCUGGACAACCCAAACAGACUCCAGUGUGAGUGCCAGCACAACACCUGCGGUGAGUCAUGUGACCGCUGCUGCCCAGGCUUUAACCAGAUGCCGUGGCGUGCUGCAACCGUUGACAGCCCCAACGAGUGUCAGCCCUGCCAGUGUUUCUCCCAUGCCUUUGACUGUUAUUACGACCCAGAGGUGGAAAAGAGGCGAGCAAGUUUGGACACCUUCGGCAGGUACAGAGGAGGAGGAGUGUGCAUCGACUGCCAGCACAACACUGCUGGAAUAAACUGUGAACGAUGCAGAGAAGGCUUCUACCGACCUCAUGGACUACGGCCUGAGUCUCCCUCUGGAUGCAUACCCUGCAGCUGUGAUGAAAGGACUACAGCUCGCUGUGAAAUGGGUUCAGGAAGAUGCCUUUGCAAGCCACAAUAUUCUGGAGAAAACUGUGACCGCUGUGCUGAUGGACACUAUCACUUCCCGCUGUGCAUUCAAUACCCCGUGUACCCGACAACCACCAAAUCUUCUGCAGGUCCUAUAGUGGAACCCACUCCCUGCCCGUCAGGCUAUUUCAACCCUCCCAGCUGUCAGCCGUGUGAUUGUGACUACAGAGGGAUGCCGUACAGCUCAUGUGAUGCGUUCGGGCGCUGCCUGUGCCGUCAGGAAGUGGAGGGGAGGCGAUGCGACCGAUGCCGACCAGGGUACCACUCCUUCCCGAUCUGCCACGUGUGUCGCUGUGAUGGAGCCGGUGUGGCUGAAGGUGUGUGCGAUCCGUACGGUCAGUGUCUUUGCCUCCACAACUUCGUGGGACAGGAGUGUGACCAGUGUGCACCGGGUUACUACGGAUAUCCAGACUGUGCCGCCUGCCUGUGUUCACACGAAGGCUCGUAUGGAACAACAUGCAAUCCGUUAUCGGGUCAGUGCCUGUGUUUACCGGGUGUGGUGGGUCAGCAGUGUGACCGCUGUGCCUCUGGGCUCAGGUUCCCCCAGUGUUCAGCCUCCAUCAGUGUGUGUAACCCAGCAGGAACAGAUGUGUCUGAUCCUCAAACGGGUUUCUGCCGCUGCCGACCAAACGUCGAAGGACCGCUGUGCGACAGGUGUAAACCUCUUUACUGGAACCUCGCUGGAGACGAUCCUCAAGGCUGCGUGGAGUGUCAGUGUGAACUGAAAGGGACUCUGAGUGGCGUUGGAGAAUGUGAACAGAGAAGUGGACAGUGCCACUGUAAGCCGAAUGCCUGCGGCCUUACAUGUGACUCCUGCAAGGACGGCUAUUUUCUCCUGCAAAAAAAGAACUAUUUUGGUUGCCAAGGCUGCCACUGUGACGUAGGAGGUGCGAUCGACACGGCAUGUGAUGACACGUCAGGACAGUGUCAGUGUCGGAGGAAUGUCGUCGGUCCUAGAUGCACAGAGCCAGCACCCGGCUACUAUUUCCCCACGCUGCACCAGCUGAAGUUUGAGGCGGAGGAAGGCACCACGCCAAAUGCCAGACCAGUACGCUUUGGGUUCAACCCCCAAGAAUUCCCAGAGUUCAGCUGGAGAGGUUAUGCCAUAAUGUCACCUGCUCAGAGUGACGUCAGAGUAACAGUGCAUGUUGAGCCGAACGCCGGAAGGCAGAACUUGUUCCGUGUGAUUCUGCGGUUCAUUAACCCCAGCAGCAUCAGUGUGCCUGGUAUCAUCAGGGCUACCACUAACAGAGGCUCUGCAGGGACUGAGCAGAGUAAAGAAGUCAUAUUCCCUCCGAGUCCCUCCCCGGCCUUCGUCACAGUCCCAGGAGAGGGCUUUGUCGAGCCUUUUGCACUGAAUCCUGGGAAAUGGAUCAUUCACAUACAGGCUCAGGGGGUUCUCUUGGACUAUUUGGUGCUGCUUCCUCGGGAAUACUACGAGGCGUCUCUGCUGCAGGAAGAGAUCACUCAGCCCUGCACAUAUCUGCACACUACAAACACACACGAAAACUGCCUGCUGUAUAAACACAUAGCCAUGGAUGGCUUCAGCUCCGUGCUCGGUUCGCAGGGAAGACUCAGCACCCGGAGUGGGCGCAGGAAGCGGAGGCAGGCCCGGGUGCGGCGUCCCACCCCCGAUCACCCGGACAUGGCUGCUCUUAAUGGGAGACAGUCACGACUGGAGCUCAGCUUGCACGUGCCUCAUCCAGGCCUGUACGCUCUUGUUCUGGAGUACGCCAGCGAGGUGGAUAACGUCCAGAAUGUCAACAUACUCAUCAGCGAUCAGUCUGAAGGCCAGAUCUUAGCCAGGACCAACAUUUAUAACUGUGCUUUCAGCAUGCUGUGCCGGAGUGUGGUGGUGAACGGCAAAAAUCAAGUGGCGAAGCUGCAGCUUUCUCACAGGACGGAGAUUAUCCUGCACACUUCCACAACAUCACUCCUUCUGUAUAAAGUGUACGCAGUGCCAGCCGAAGAUUUCUCUAUGGAGUAUGUGGAGCCAAAGGUUCUGUGUGUUUCCACUCAUGGCCGUUUCACUGAAGACAGUCGAUACUGUGUCCUGCGGCAGUUUGACAAGCUGCCUUCGGCCUGGAUUCUGUACGCAGCUCGUGAUGGGAAGCUGUCUUCCUCACAUGCAGCUGCUCAUGCACAUGGACAAAACGAGGACUGGAGGCAGAGACGGCAGUCCGGGCACUCUGUCCUCGAGCCUCAAAGCGAUGGGACGCUGCUUAAAUUCCCUCAGACUGAGAUCCGUUUCACUCCGACAGUUCCACUUCCGGGCAGGUAUGUGGUUGUGGUCCAAUACCGGCAGCCCGAGCACAUUUCCUUCCCGGUGGAAGUGCGAGUAGCUGCAGGGCACGUGUGGAAGGGUUUGAUAAACGCAUCCUUCUGCCCUGCGGUCUCAGGGUGUAAGGAGGUUGUCAUUGCUGAUGGACGCAUUGCCCUCGACUUGGACACAAAUUCGUUGCAGCUACCCACCAUCUCCAUCUCUGUGCCUCCUGGGAAAACUCUUAUUUUGGAUCACAUCAUGUUGCUUCCUGACAGCAGUUACACUCCGGAGCUCCUGAAAGAAAAGCCGCUGGAUAAAUCUGCAGCUUUUUUACAACGAUGCUCUGCAGAAGGAUUCUCCACUCAAACUUCAUCCCAGUUUUGCAGAGAGUCGGUUCGUUCCCUUGUAGCUGCUUAUAAUAAUGGAUCCCUGCCUUGUGGCUGCGACAAGUCUGGCUCCACUGGGACUGUCUGUGAUCCGAAUGGGGGACAGUGUCCCUGCAGGCAGCACGUCAUCGGGCGGCAGUGCACAAAAUGUGCCACAGGAUUCUACGGAUUUCCCUACUGCAGACGGUGUGAAUGUGGCCGUCGGCUGUGCGACGAAGUGACGGGACGCUGCAUCUGCCCCCCUCAGACAGUGAAGCCGACCUGCGAAGUGUGUCAGGAGCAGACGUUCAGCUACCACCCGUUGUUGGGCUGUGAGAACUGUGGCUGCUCUCCUAGUGGCAUAAAUCCAGAUGCGGGGCUUCAGUGUGACCGCACAACUGGACAGUGCAGCUGUAAGCCUCUUAUUGAAGGCCGGCAGUGUGAUCGCUGUGCUCCGGGUUAUUAUCGCUACCCCAACUGCGUGCCUUGUGUCUGUAAUAAAGGAGGAGUCACAUCUGAUGUGUGCCACCCUGACACGGGAAAGUGUCUCUGCAAGAGAAAUGUUGCUGGCAUCAGGUGUGAUGCAUGUCGGGAAGGUUCAUUUUAUUUUGACCCCUCCAACCCUCUCGGCUGCACCAGCUGCUUCUGCUUCGGAGCCACUAACCAGUGUCAGAGCUCCCACAAGCGCAGAGGCAAGUUUGUGGAGAUGCAAGGCUGGCAUUUGGAAACCCCCGACAAGGAGGAGGUUCCUUCAGUACUGAACAAGUUCAGUAACACAGCGGUGGCAGAUGUCCAGGAGCUCCCCCCUACUGUUCAGACACUGCACUGGGUGGCGCCACAGCCCUACCUGGGAAACAGGGUUUCAUCAUAUGGUGGUUUCCUCACAUACCAGUCCAAAUCUUUUGGGAUUCCCAGUGAAGGAAUGGUUCUGAUCGACAGACAACCUGAUGUUGUGCUGACUGGUCUGGACAUGAGCCUGAUCCACGUGGCCUCACACGCACCACUUCCAGACCGGCUGUAUGAGGCCAGAGUCCAGCUCCUGGAGAGAAACUGGCGCCAUGCAGGUACCAACAGGCCUGUUUCCAGAGAGGACCUCAUGAUGGUCUUGGCAGGUUUGGUGGGCCUGAGGAUCCGAGCUCUGUAUUUUACUCAGAGCCAGCGACUCAGCCUGGGGGAGGUGGGUCUGGAGGAGGCCACAAACUCAGGGACUGGUAGUCCAGGAAACAACGUGGAGGUCUGCCGCUGCCCUCCUCAGUACACUGGGGACUCGUGUGAGAAAUGCGCUCCUGGCUUCUACCGGGACGGCCAUGGAUACCUGGGCCGCUGUGUGCCCUGCGAGUGCAACGACCUGGCUGACGAGUGCGAGGACUGGACAGGGAGGUGUCUGAACUGUCGGUACAGCACAGCUGGCGACCGAUGUGAACGCUGCAAAGAGGGUUACUAUGGCAACGCUUUGCAGAGGACAUGCAGGUUGUGCCCGUGUCCGUUGAGCAUAUCCACAAACAGUUUCGCAGUCGGCUGCAGAAACGUGUUCGGAAUCGUCCAGUGCGUCUGCAGAACCGGCUACGCUGGAGACAGAUGUGGGAGCUGUGCUCCUGGUUACUAUGGCGACCCGCUGACGCCAGGAGGACGGUGUCAGCCAUGUAACUGCAACGGCAACAGCAACACCUGCGAUCCCAAGACUGGAGUCUGCAAAAACACAUUGGAGCCAGGAGACACAAACACAGAUGAGAACUGCCAAGAGUGUGAUAAUUGUGCUUUGACUUUACUACGGGACUUGGAAAACAUUGACGAUGAGCUGGAAAGGAUCAAGAAUCAACUUGACAAUGUUUCUGUCAGUACCACGUCUAAGGACAGGCUGGAGAAGCUGGAGAAGGCCAUGUCAGACACCAAGAUUCUUGUCAGCAAAUUUAGCUCCUCCAUCAGCACCCAAAAGUCCAAAGUUGACCAGCUGGAUAAGGACAUGGCCAACAUUGCAGAUGAUAUUGCCUCGCUCAAGGAAAAGGCUAACGAGAAAACUGCUGAUGCUGAAAAGGUGGUGGCAAACGUUGAUAAAACCCACAAGAGGGCGAAGGAUCUGGAAUCAGAUAUUCAGAACAUGCUGAAGAAAAUAACAGAUUUGCUAGACCAGCUGAGGAAUCAAAACGGCAGAGGGGAUUCGUUUCCCAGUGACAGCUUCACUAAAAUGCUAGAAGAAGCUCAGCGCAUGGUGAAGGAGAUGGAGAACAGAAACUUUACCUCUCAGAGGACAGCUGCUGAAACAGAAAGAGACAAAGCAAAGAAACUGCUAGAUUAUGUCAAGAACAACAUGAGUGAGCUGUGUGACCAAAACGAGGCGGCAGCAGACAAGAUCGGGAGCCUUCUGAAGGAUUUCAAUACCAAGCUGAAGGAACUGGAUGAGGCUUUGAAGGAGGCGAGGGACUUGGUGAAAAAAGCCAAUGCGCAGAACGGUCUCAAUGCUAAGACACUGGAAAUCCUGCAGAAACGCGUUAAGGACUUAGAAGAGGAGCGGAAAAUCGUGGAGGAUCAGAUGGCCAUGGCAGAGGAUGAGCUGCAGAAGACAGAAGAUUUGAUGAAAAUGCUCACUGACAGUAAAACGGAGUAUGAACAGCUAGCUGCACAGCUGGAUGGUGCCAAGAACGAUUUGACCAAAAAAGUGCAAGAGAUCGCCAAGGCAGCAGCCCAAACUGACAUUGUUGAGAUUGCAGAAGAACAUGCAAGAAACCUAACCAAACUAGCCAAAGAGCUUGAGGAUGGUGUGAAAAAUGCAAGUGGACGUCCUGAGGUGCGUGAUGCGAAAGAUGCCAUUGAGGCCUACAAAAACAUCAUAAAUGCCAUUAAUGCUGCAGAGGCAGCAGCUAAUGAGGCCAAAGAUGCUGCAGACACUGCACUGAAUAAUGUAAAAUCCCAGAAUUUGAUAGAAAAAGCAAAAGAGCUGAGGGAGAAUAGUGACGACCUGCUGAAGAGUGCAGAGGACGCAGAAAAAAACCUGCAGGAUACAGCCGGUGACCUCGCUGACCUGAAGAAGCGCCUGAGCGAAGCUGAGCAAAAAAAGACGGCUCUCGAGAAAGACCUCCUUGAUGCUCAGAGUCAAUUAAACGACAUCAAAAUGGACGACAUUAGGAAUACGCUAGACGAGGCGAAGAGGAAAGCAGCCUCGGCCAAUGAUUCAGCCUCCAACACUAUGGACAAACUCAAUGCCAUGAAAACAGAGAUGGAUAAGAUCAACCUCAGUCCUGUGGAUGCCAACAUCAACAACGUACUGAACGAUGUGGACCAGUCAGUGAAGAAUUUGUGGAACACAAUCCCAUCUCUGGACAAUAAGAUCUCAGAGGUGGAAAACCUGACCUCGCAGUUCUCGCCCAUUAACAACAUAUCUGAGAGCAUCAGGAACAUCAAAGACCUCAUCGAACAAGCCAGGGAUGCAGCAAACAAGAUUGCGAUCCCCAUGAGGUUCAGCGGAAACGCUCACGUAGAGCUGCGUCCACCAACGAACCUGGACGAUCUGCGAGCGUACACAUCUCUGUCUCUGUCGCUGCAGAGGCCCGUCGGCAGGGGCGACGGAUCCCGCAGACGCAGACAGGUGCCGUCGGGCAUGUUCGUGUUGUACCUUGGCAACAGAGACUCCUCGAAGAACUACAUAGGGAUGGUUCUGAGGAGCAACGUUUUGUACGGUAUCUACAAGCUCAACGGGGUUGAAUAUGAGAUGAAAACGAAUUCCAUUACAACAUCAGGGCCUGAGCAAGCCAUGUUUGACAGAGUAGACCUACGCAGAAUUUACCAAGAUGCAGAACUAGCCCUGACCAAAGAAAUAAGCUCGACUGCACCUAAAGACCCAAUUAAGAGCAGCAGUCAAGGAGAGGAGACCAAGGACCUCCUGGAUGUCACUCCCAGUGACAUUGUUUUCUACGUUGGAGGCUACCCCGCCAACUUCACUCCCCCAGCUUCUAUGAACUACCCACAAUACACGGGCUGCAUCGAGUUUGCUUCUUUUAAUGACAAAGUUUUAAGUCUGUACAACUUCCACACGGAGGAGAAUGUCAAUUCAGAGACUCCCUGCAAAAGAUACCUACCUCCAGUUGAUUCGGACAUGUAUGAAGGUACCGGAUAUGGAAAAGUGAAGAUAGAUGAAAUAAAAAGGACGUAUAUAAAGAUCAGCAUGAGUAUCUUAACUUAUUUACCAGACGGCCUGCUGGCUUUUAUCGGAGAAGGGGACAAUUACGUAAUGUUGACAAUGGAGGGUGGUACCUUAUUUGCACGAGGUAAUCAGUUUGAAGAGUCUCCAGUCAGCUUUUCAAUUCCAGGAAAACCAUUUCCGACCAAAGACUGGAUGGACCUACAGUUAUUCAUAAUGGGGACGGGACUUGUGAGAAUCUCUGUGGACUCUGUCCCACAAUUUGGAAACAAACCUGUGUAUAAUAUCAAAGAUUUUAAAGAGCUCUAUGUUGGUGGUGCACCACGGGAGCUGAGGGAAAAAUUUAACAUCACCCUUCGACCGUUCAAGGGAUGCUUGAAGAAUUUCAAGUUGCAAGAUGGGUUUAAGCCUAUUGAUGAACCAUAUGGCAUCAGUAAAGGUUGUCAAACAAAAUCACUGGUUGUACGCCAAGCCCAGUUCAGCUUGGAGAGCUCCCUUUCUGCUGACCUGGCAGGCUUCACUCUGGAUAAAGACAUCACCGUGUCCCUCGGGUUCAAGAGUACCGACAACCAGAGCCUUAUUUUGCAGGACAAGGACCCAACAAAUGAGAUCAGUCUCGCGUUAGCAAAUGGUCACGUAGUUCUGCAACUCAAUGGCAAGAAGUGGAAAUCCAAUAAACAAUACCACGACGGGCAGUGGCAUUACUUGACCGUCACCAACCGAGCAGGAAGAGUUGUGCUGCGUGUCGACGAUGCUGAUUAUGGUCAGGAACAGAGUGACACCAUGUCCAUCACGGGGACAGGCGGCACCGUGGUGCUUGGGAAUAAGAAGUUUAAAGGCUGCGUUUCUAAUCUCUACACCAGACGGCCUGACAGCCUGUACAAGGCUGAAGACUUCAGCACCUUCCAGAUCUCAGGAGACGUCCAGUUGGACGUGUAUACAGCGUUCAGUCCUGUCCAGCUGAUGCAGGACCGCGCCUCUAAAAAGGACGAUGUGAAGCACGUAAAAAAUGAGAGUAUUUCAUCUUGUGAGUUACCGGCCCAUGUUCAAUAUGCCCAUCGUGUGGGGGGGCCUGUUAGCAGCCUGAGCUACAGCCUUCCUCUGCAGGUGCUGCAGCCCAGGCCCCACUUCUCUCUGGAUGUCAGGACUCGGUCUCCUGAAGGUCUGUUGUUCUUUGCUACAACCAGAGGAGGGCAAUCUCAUCUGGCCUUAUACAUGUCCAAGGGCAGGAUUAGACUCUCUGUGGCCAAACAGAAGGAGAUCUUCAACCGAGAGAAGUACAACGACGGAAAAUGGCACUCGGUUGUUUUUAGCUUGGAAAAGAAGAAAUUUCGUUUGGUGGUAGACGGGAUCAAAGCUCAGGAUGGUCAGCUGACAAGUGCUGAGUUGAAAUCCAUGCAGCAGUUCAUUUCACCGGUGUACCUGGGCAGUGCUCCAGCAUCCUUUCACAAAGAGUUAAAGCUUAAGGACCUUCCAAAGCAGAGCGUGUCCGGCUGCGUUCGGAAGUUUAAAAUGAAUGGAGCCCAGAUGUCCAAUCCAGCUGCGAACCAUGGUGCCGGACCCUGCUUUGAGGGACAGACACAAAGAGGGGCAUAUUUCGCGGGAAACGGGGCACAUGUCAUUAUCAAUGACUCUUUUGAUGGGGGCUCCUACUUGGAGCUGCUGUUUAAUAUUCGUCCACGUGCUCAGUCUGGACUCCUACUUCAUGUUGGUGAUCCUAUCAGAACCCCAUCUAGAUCUGGGAUGGGCCACUUUCUCACUGUCUACAUGCUCAGAGGAGAGGUGGCGGUUCAAGUGAACCAAGGAGGAGGAGAAUUUAUGGUGUCGGUGAAACCGAAAACUUCUCUGUGUGAUGGAAACUUCCAUAAAAUUUCAGUAAUCAAGAGGAAAAACGUUGUUCAAUUAUCUGUGGACACACUGGACAAUUAUAAGAUUGGACCUCAAUCUUCCUCUACCACUUUGACCAAAGAUCCUUUGUUUGUGGGUGGCAUUCCUGAUACGUUGAUGCACCAGACACUCCCUAUCCAGUCGUCCUUUAUGGGAUGUAUCCAGGACAUGAAGAUCAACGACACACCCGUCUCCUUUGAGAGGUCGUCAGCUGUGUUCGGCCCGGUCAACCUCAAAGAGUGUCCGGGCUGAGCAGAAACAUCUCAUCGCAUCAUGAUUCAACAAACCUUUGGGACCAUGUCCUCCACCAGCUAUGUGCAAUCUGUUAAAAGACCGAGAAUGUGUUUGUGUGUCAGAAUGUGUGCAUCGAGGAGUGUUUCAAUGUGUGUGAAUGUGUGUGAGAAAUAAUGAGACGUGAGCAGCAGCUUACAGGUUCAUCAUUUUUGCUGCUCUGGUAAAAAUGUCUGUAUUUAUUUUGUAAAAUAGUCAUGUCUCGUGUCACUUAUGGGAGCAUGUUCUAGCAGUGGGGUUCAUUGAUUUAUCAACUGCCAGAAUCUACUGAAUAAGUAAAGACUUAUGGACAACCCAGCACUUUAAGAAAACUAAUGAUAUCAUGUUAUGAUGGUGCUGUAAUAGUGAUGAAGAAACUAGCUAAUAUCAUUUCUUUAUAGUUUUUAUUUUUGUUGAACUCCAAAGUUUAUAUCAAAAUAAAUUGUUUACACCUACAGUGCUUCUUUCAGUGACAUUUCACAGGUUGCUGAGGUAAUAUAAUAUAUAUCCACAAGUCAGCAUGUAGAGUUCUAUAUUUUAACAGGUUUUCUUUUCCCAUUU